GUAUCUGUCAUUGCUAAAGUUGUUCGACGUCGAGGAUGGGGGAUAUGAUGUCCGGGUAUCCUAAACCAAGUGCUAAACGAAAGACUCAGUCUCCUGAAACACCAGAUGCAGAGGCUGAAGAAGGUGAAGAGAAGGCACCUUACAGUAAAUAUGAUGCUCUUUCCUUGAAUGAAAAGCGAAAACUUUACAAGUGUGGUAAAGACUUUGUCACUUUGGACAAGAUCCAAUCCUGGUCAGAAUCCAUAUCUGGAAAGCAAGAAAAUAGGCCUGAGGAACAAGCGUUUGAGGUGAACAAAACCCUAAAUGAAAAAAUUUCACUAUGGCAAGGUGAUAUAACCAAACUAGAGAUUGAUGCCAUCGUAAAUGCAGCAAACAACUCUCUUCUUGGUGGAGGUGGAGUUGAUGGCUGUAUCCAUCGUGCUGCUGGUUCAACUCUUCGAGAUGAAUGUGCAGGUCUCCAUGGCUGCCCUACUGGUGAUGCAAAAAUCUCAUCAGGACAUAAGUUGCCAGCAAAGUCUUUCCCCCUUUUUUUCUGUUCUACAUUAAAUGCAUCUUCUUUUUUUGCUGUUUUUAAGGCAUUCUGCUGUAUUUCAACUGGUAUAUAUGGGUAUCCUAUCUACGACGCUUCCUGCGUAGCACUAGAAACUGUCCGCACGUGGCUUGAGGAAGACGCUGAUGAUGGAAAAAUAAAUGCUGACCUGGUGGAUCGAAUUAUCUUCUGUGUUUUUCUGGCUGGGGACUUGGACGUCUAUAAAUUCCUUUUGCCAAGAUACUUUCCUUUAGAGGUCAAGCAUGAUCAGAUAGGGGACGGCCAGGAGGGGAAAAGUGAUGAAAAAGAAAUAGGAAAACAACGUGAGCAAUCUUCGCCAGAGGAUGAAGAUACUGAAGAGAUGGAAGGUACAGACGACAAGGAAAGCAAAGACGACAAGGAAAGCAAAGACGAAAAGGAAAGCAAAGACGACAAGGAAAGUAAAGACGACAAGGAAAGCAAAGACGACAAGGAAAGUAAAGACGACAAGGAAAGCAAAGACGACAAGGAAAGUAAAGACGACAAGGAAAGCAAAGACCACAAGGAAAGUAAAGACCACAAGGAAAGCAAAGACGACAAGGAAAGUAAAGACCACAAGGAAAGCAGAGAUCAAGAGAGCGGUGGCGUAGAAGAUGUUGCUGAGAAAGGGGUAGGAAACGAAGAUGAAAAUGAGGAAGAGCUGGCAAGUGGUGGGCUGCAAAGUGACAGCAACGAAGAGAAAGACGGAGAGAAAAAGGAAGAUAAAAAAGAUGUGGGCACGAUAAGUGAGAAGGUCGAAGAGGGAGCGUUCGAAGAAAAUCGUAACACCGAGAAAGAACCCAAAGAUAUCUCUAUUGACGCGAAGGAACCACAAGAAACUCUGGAAUCACAAGAUGAGCCUAUGAGUGUCGAUAGCGAGACGAGGGACCAAAAUCGUCCGCCAGAUGGUCAGGACUCAGAAACAAAAAUGGACGAGGAGCUAACUGAAAGCACUAAAGGACAGGAUGGUAAAUCCUCGUGUGCGUCUUGUACAAUAUAAGAAAGAUAUAGUGUAGGAUGAAAAAUAACGUUAUAGAGGAAAACGACAAAUUUAGAACCUAGAUAUAUGAACAUUGUGAUUCGUAUCAGGGCUCUUUCAUACAAGCUGUUCACCAAGUGAUCUCUAUAUUAAGGCUCGAGGUGUAGGUCGAUCAUUGUCAUCUGCUUUGAGGGGAAAUUUCUGCCCAGUUAUUCGUCACGUAAGAAUUUCCUUUAAACGGGCUGUAGUGUUCGGAGGAGAAAUUUCAUUCUCGUUUACCAAGAAAUGCAGGAGGGUUUGGGGUUACUUUCGAUGGACUGGCAUCCCAUCCAGGAGACGGAACAAUGUUCUUAGUCACUUUAGACGGAGACAGAAUAAGCUGCCGUUGGUUGGACCACUUGUGUGGUGUGCAUACUUUACUUGUGACAGGGUAGGCCUAGAUACAAAAAUCCCGAAAAAUGGCUGAAAAAUCUAACUGGAAAUUUCCCAAAAAAAUGCCUAUAAAUCUUAUUUUGUCUUUUCAAAUCUCGAAAUCUCCUCUAAAAAUCCCGAUGUAUUUCCAUUUUUUUUUUCAAAAAUAAUUAGUUAAUUUGCAUAUAUUGCGAGAUUCCGAGAUGUGUGGAAGCUCCUUCAAACUGAUUUAAAGUGUUCAUUUAUUUACUAGACAAUAGAAGUGGUUCGUCAGCUUCGUCGCGUUACAUAUUUCGGUCUCUUUCAAACAAACAAUGACGACAAAAAAUGUUGACAUUUUUGUUUUGAAACAGUGGAAGAAGAACCAAGUAAAUAUGUUUUUAUGCUGUCAAUAAUUUGUUUUACAUUAUCGUCUAAAAUGCCCUAAAAGUCCAAAACUCCUCAACUUUUCUAAAAAUCCCGUUUGACUCUAAAAAUCUUAAAAAACAACCGAUUUUUGUAUCGAGCCCUGUAAUUGAGCCAGCCCGAUUGCGUCCAUGAACACAACGUGUUCUUUUAACCCUUUAACUCCCAUAAGUGACCAAGACAGAAUUUCUUUUUACAAUAUCAAUACAAUAUCAACUAGAUAAUCGAUGAGAACAAAGAAAAAUAUCAAUUUGGGGAUAAUCAAUUGAUCCAAUACUAAAUUCUCCGAACUAACAUUAUAAGAAUUGUAUGGUUGACAGUAAGGAGAAUUACAAAUUUGAGUUGGGAGUUAAAGAGUUAAGAGAUCGACGAGGAAAAGUUUGUGAUUUGCAAUCUGUUGUCAUAUUCUCCAACCUUGGCCAUCCUUGUUUCUUCUAUGCAUUAUUUCCUCUUAUUUAAAAGUCUUAUUCGAUUUUAAGGUAGCUUUCCUAAUCGCAGAAAAGGAAAUAAAAAUAAAAAAGACUUAUAUCAA